AUGUCGGUUGAUGAGAUGCUGCCCGCUGCGUUUAUUGACUGUCUUCAGAUCGAUAACGAUGUCACUUAUGAUACUUUAAAAUACAUGAUUAUUAAUCAACGUCCAGAACUAGCUGAAGUUAUACCAUCGAUAGGUGCAAGAAUUGCACUGCAAAAUUAUUUCAAUUACGAUUUAAAGAAAGAAAGACAAGCUUCUCCUGAAUCUUUUGUGACUCCUAUUUCAACGCCUUCGGUGACUCCCACUCUGACACUUGCUAUUGCACCACAAGAAAUGUUAGAUCCUCUAGUAGUAACACCACAAGAAAUGUUAGACCCUCUAGUAGUAACACCACAAGAAAUGUUAGACUCUCUAGUGGUAGUACCUCUUGAUAAAACACCAGUAAGCGAUGAUAUGGAAACACCUACAGAAAAUAUUACACAAUCACUCUUGGUUGAAGUCAGUCCUUCUGUUACAAAUGAUACACAAAAUAUUAUAAUAUUAAACAAUGAUAAAGAGCUAACCGAAAUACAGAAGAUUGAAACAGUAGAGAACUUGAAGUUAGAAAGCUUUGAUUUGAAAGCAUUGCUUCAAAAAACAGUAACGGGACAAGCGAUUAUAGCUUCAUAUAACACAAGAAGUGGAUUGCCACUAAAACGUCAACAGUAUUUGGCAAACAUUAUUAUUUGCUACUUUUUUGAUAAUAACGUUAAUGUUCAAUUAAAUAACGACAAAUUAAAUAAGAUUGCGAAUCAUAUAAUUACUCUCUUUCCUGCUGAAUGUAAAGAAGUAUACUAUUGUCCACCCGUAAAAAAGAAAGAUUCAAAAAAUCACAAAUCCGGUAUCGCUAGAGGAAAAUUAGUUGAUAAAAAUAGAAACAUGUUAGCGUUUUUAAGGAAAUGCCAAUUGAUUAGAUCUUCCUCCGAGAAAGUCCAAGAUAAAGACAGUUUAAACGAAGCAAAUACUGAUAAUGGCGAGGAUGAAGUGGAGCAGAGAGAGAGUCACAAUUGGCUUCGAAAUAAUUUUGAACCUUGGGAAGAAGUCUUGUAUCAUUGGGAAAAAUCAUUUGUAUUUAGAAAAAAUUUGAUACAUGAUCAUACAACUUAUCGUAAUUUAGUUUCAAUAUUUGAUGAUUGGAACAUAUUAACGUCUUCAAAGGGCUAUGUAUUGAUUGAAAAGGAUUAUUUACGAUUACAUAAAGACACGUAUAAGAAUGUUCAAGAAAAAUUUAAUUUGUUAUUCGAUGCUGUCUUGGAAUUGAGAGGCAAAGAAUUGGAUUGUACCAACAAACUAUUGCUGGAUAUGUUAGACAGCACUAUUCCAAAUGGUAUACCAAAAGCUCAUGCCUCAUCUUUAGAAAAUAUUUUCCUUGGUGAACUUAUAUAUAGUGGAGAUCGUGAAACCUUUGGUAAUAAAGUGUCUUUCAAACCAAUUAUUAACGAAUUGAUUCAUUUAGAAAUGUGUGGUAUUACUAUAUGCGUCGAUAAUAAUAAAAAGAAGAGAAAUUGGCUUCAAAAAUUCAGAUUGACCUUGCAGCCUUUUAUAGUUGUAGUAGGACCUUCUAUAACAGAAAUUCAGUCAAUUUUUGUAAGAAUCGAUGACAUCUCGUAUAAAGUGAAAACAGUGUUCAAAGCUUUGGAGAUAUGUUUUAUGAGUUUUGUCGUCCUGGACUUGAAAUAUCCACCUGCGGCAGAGCACAUCUG